GAUUUGCAGAUUUGCUCCCAGCAUCAUGAGCAGUGUUGGAGCAUCACAGCACGCACAGCACUCCUGACCGCGAAUGCACCGUGAUCGUUACCGAGUGCACGCGCUGUCUGUGCGCAUGAGAGGCGCCGAGGCCCCGCUUUCCGGUAUGUAGGAUCCAGAGCCAUGAAAAUGCUGCGCCUCCGGAGCCCGAGCGUGUCCUCGCUCAGCCGGGAGAUCCACUGCACCGUGCGCCUGCUGGACGACUCGGAGAUCGCCUGCAGCAUCCAGAGAGACACAAAAGGUCAGUUCCUGCUGGAUCAUGUCUGUAACCACUACAGUCUGCUGGAGAAGGAUUACUUUGGCAUCAGAUAUGUGGAUCCUGAGAAGCAGAGGCACUGGCUGGACCCCAGCAAACCCGUGGUCAAGCAGAUGAAAUGUCAGCAGCCGUACACCAUGUGUUUCCGCGUGAAGUUCUACCCCCAGGAACCCAUCAAGAUCAAGGAGGAACUGACGAGAUACCUGUUGUACCUGCAGCUGAAGAGGGACCUGUACCACGGCCGGCUCCUGUGUCCACUCGCUGACGCCGCUUAUCUCGGAGCUUGUAUAGUGCAGGCUGAACUCGGUGACUAUGACGUCGAUGAGCACCCGGCCGACUACAUCAGCGAUUUCAAAAUGUUCCCCAAACAGAGCCUCAAACUGGAGCGCAAGAUCCAGGAGAUCCACCAGAACGAGCUGAGGGGUCAGUGUCCAGCCCUGGCUGAGCUGAACCUGCUCCAGCGAGCUCACACACUGGACACGUAUGGCGUGGACCCUCAUCCCUGCAAGGACUUCACCGGAGCAACGGCAUUUCUGGGAUUCACUGCCCGGGGCUUUGUUGUUUUCCAGGGAAACAAGAGGAUCCACUUGCUGAAAUGGCCGGACGUCAGCAGAUUUAAGUUUGAAGGGAAAACGUUUUACGUGAUUGGAAUACAGCGAGAGAAGAAAUUGGUUCUGACGUUCCACACCUCCACACCAGCAGCCUGUAAACACCUAUGGAAAUGUGGUGUAGAAAAUCAGGCAUUUUACAAAUGUGCAAAAUCCAGUCAGAUCAAGACCGUAUCCAGCAGCAAUAUAUUUUUCAAAGGGAGCAGAUUUCGCUACAGCGGUCGUGUUGCUAAAGAGGUGAUUGAAGCCAGUUCGAAGAUCCAGAGAGAGCCUCCUAUGGUUCACAGGUGUCAAUUGGGUCAGAGCAGAAGCUUUACAUCGCUCAGCCAUAAGCACCUCAUAAUGAACAUGGAACCUCUGCUUCCGGCACUCAGCUCGAACAGGGAAUACAGGGAGGCCUCGGCCGACAGCGGUCUCUUGGCCUUGAAAGACUCUGUUCACUUGUCCCCACUGAAGCCAUCCAUGAUGCCGGAAGACCCUGAGCUGGAGGAGACGGAUUCCGAAGGCCAAGAAACUGGGCAGGAAGAAUUAUCCAUUUCUCCCACUGGAACGGAGGGAGAGAGGAGCCAGCAGGAGAUGGAUGAGGACGAUGAAGACGGGUCUCAUGCCAUCUCAGAUACAGUGUACAGCCCGUGUUCAAGCGUGAUGCCCACACCGGUGGAGGAAACGCAGGCUGGUGUGGACUUCCUGUUCCAAAGCCCUGGGCGCUUGCUGAAGGAGCUCCACGCCGAUCCAGAAAUGCAGGCAGAGCUCUGGGCUGAGCAGCAGCAAGAACUGACCCGAGAGGCCACCCGUCAGUCACUGUGUAGCCAAUCAAAUGGCAAGCCACAGAUCCAAGCGUUCCUCCACAGCGCUGCCCGGCUCAUAGCCGUAGCUUCAAUCCUGCUCCUUCUCCUUUUGAUCCUCUUGCUGGUUCUGCUGGAAUCCGACCUGGACGUUUCAUUCCUGCAGGACAUCCGAGAGACGCCCGAGUUUGAGCAGUUCCACUAUGAGUACUACUGCCCGCUGCGUCGCUGGCUCUGCUACAAACUCGAGCUCCUGACAGAGCAUCUGUGGGGAGACUGAUGUUAACAUCUAACAGUAUACGGCUGCAAGGCCCUCCAUCAGCAGGGAUGAACUAUUGGGACACGCUGAAGGGAAUGAACCGAUCAGGAAGGAAGGUUUGCUCUCGUAUAUCAUGCUGUUUAUUUUUUUAACUCGCACCCUCAGGCUGGAUUCACCCUCAACUGUAACUGUAUGCAAAGCCAUGAAUAGUAGAGGAACUGCAAAUGCUGAGCUGCAACUCGAACACGUUCCAGGCGAAGUUGCAGAGGUAGCAGUGAAUGAGUAGAAUAGAACUGUAGCAAAAAAAAACAAAAAAAACAACAGCAGCUAAUCAGUCUGCAGAAAGCUUCAAGAAGGGAUGCACCGAUCAAAUUUCUUCAUUUCAUCAUCAAUCCAAUACUGAUAUCAGAGCUGUAAUUCUCGCUGAUAUUUAGGAGAUACUGAUAUUAUAGUAUCUUAUGACUUCAAUUCUAACUUUAAAACCAUUUUUAUACCACAUCUCUGACAAAUUCUCAAUCCUGAUUGGUCAGAAGCUAUAAAUAACAGCAGCAGUUCUUCAAACCCCAGGUUAUAAUAGUAUAGUGUAGUAGUCUAUAGUAACAGGUAAUUUAUGAAGACUUUUAAUGUGGCUGUUCCACAUAAAUGGAUAAAAACGUCUGUGAUUGUUGGAGUCUUCUGUCAUGAGACAUUUAUUCAGAAGGAGUCUCAAGUGUCACAGUUUGAGCUAUAAUUUGAAGUGUCUUCAGGAUGAAGGGGUUGGCAGUAACACGACAAGCUACAUAAUUGUUCUUACUAUGGUUAAAAGAGCAAAAAAAUGGUGGCUAAUGACGGAAAGACUGUCUAUAGCUACUAGAACGUAAGCGAUAAUGACGUUCUACAGCUUCGAUUUACGAUGAACGGAAAUUAAAUAAACUGUAAUGGUUGGCAAACUGCUUUGGUAUAAAAGGAAUGUGAAAUGCUGUUAUUGGAAAAUAAUAAACCGGGAGGAUGCUAAUAGUAUGUGCCAAAUCUACAUGGCAGAACUGAGAACACUGCAUUGUGAAGGUUGUGUAAUGUUAAUUACACAUCUCAAAUAUUUGGGAUGUUGUUUAAAGGUUUUUAAAAAAUAGGAAAAGUGGAAUUAAAAGUGCGUGGGGUUUUAUUUGCUGUAGGAUUGGCUCAGGGGAAAGCUUGGACAGAAUGUUCUUGGGUCAUUUUCCAAAUUUUUCUAACCAAUCCCAAUUCGCCUACUUGUACUAUUAACUAAAAGUGUGUACUCUUUUGGGUUGCAAAAGAGUAUGCAAGUACAGGGACACACUAACAUGUCAUGUAAUGGAAGAGAACGCUGUUGCCUAGUUACGCUCACUCGCCGCACUUCAGCUUCCUGUCCUUCAUCAUUCCUUAUACCACGUAUGCUAAUUUAUUAACCAUUCCCUCGGUUUAUUUUCCAUUUUCUGAAAACCUACUGUCACAAAACAAUAAAAAACACAAAAUCCCUCAAAUGACUGGGGGUGGAAAAAGUGUCCACAGAUCUACAUGGGUACUUUGGGUCUUUGAGAUGGUCAUUUUUACAUAAUACGACGUAGGACACACUAAUUCUGAUUUCGGAUCCUGUUUAAGCCAAUUGUAGGCGAAUUGGGACGCUGGGCCAGUAAAAACUCUGGCAUCGUCAUAGUAACCGAGCUGGUUUUGGGUAUGCUUCUUUUGAAAACUGCACAAAAGGUAUAAAAUGCCAAAAUGUUUCAGGUCCAAUAUCAGCCUGAUACUGAUACUCGGUAUUGGAUCGGUGCAUCUCUUUAGUGCUGUCGAAGGAGAUCAUUGUCUCAUGCAUUCAAAUCAUCUCAGCAUGGCAGUAUCCUGUUAAUUAAAGCUCUGAAGUUCUAAUUCAACCAGUAGCUACCAGUAGAAAAAUCCACGUUAGGAUGAAUUAGCACAUUUCAUAUGCAUCCAAUUACUCUUCUGUAGCAAACACACAUAACCCCUCAUACCGGAUCGUUUGGUUCUCCCUUUAAGGUUACUGUAAUAAUCGACGGCUUCGCUCAAUGACAGACUCUCGAGACGAGCCUGAGACAAACCUUCCCUUCCUCCUUCCUUAAAGCCACAGCAUUUAGAUUCUUCUGUAUAUUCAAGAAUACAGGAAGGAUAAGAGAAAUGUGCUCAAAUCUGUUUUUAAACAUUUUAUACAUUUUUAUGUAAAGCUUACUUUUACUGCUAUUUUUCAGCAAAAGAAAAAAAGAAAAAAGAAAACAACUGAGCUAUUUUAUUUAAACAGACUUAAUCAGGCCGGGCAGUGGAAGAAAAGUGAAAUAUUUUUCUGACAAUUACAUGAUUUUGCUGUGGAUUUUUCUUAUACAGGAAUAGCACAAUAUUAAAAAAACAAAAGGAAAAAAAAAAGAUCUUUUUUUCAGAUUAUGUGAUGUCAUAAGCAGAUAUUUGCAUGGUGAGGAACGAGAGGAUGUUUGUACAGGACAGAAUAAAUAUCAGGUUACAAGAGGUCAAAGCCAGUCCAUAUGCCUUUAGGGUGUAUGUAGGAGGUAGAAUUAGUGAGAUGGAUCACUGUACAUUAUGCAAAAGUCAGACUGAAAUACAGGAGUGGACAAAUCAUUCAUUCAUCUGUUCAAGAAAAAGCUCCAUUAAGCUCCCCAGACCUUAUAUAAUUAGCUAGUUUGUCUAGUACAACAAAGUGAAACACAUUCUGUUUGCGAGCUUGACAACGAUCACGAUCAUCAACGCUACAACCGUUGGGCAUGGUCUCUGGGUGGGCGGGAUGUUGUUACUCUCACUGUCCUGUCAAUCACAGCGACACUAGCCAAUCAUGAGCGUUUGUGAGCUCGCGUAUGCGGAAGUAGACGGAGAGCGUUCGCCACUCUGAACAGCGGCUUGAAACACAGUUGGCUGGCUUUCAUGUGUUUGAAGUCCAGAUCGUUUUACUGACUCAGAUCUUUGAAUCUCGUUCAGCAAAAUGAACUCAUCUUUUCUCGAGUCAUUUCGUUCAUUUCAGCAGAAUAUAAUUACAGUGUUCCGCAAUUACUUCAACUUACGCAAACGUUGAUCACGUUCAGAAUAAGACAGAACUAUAAAUCGACCAAGGCCAAAAGGAGACUGACAGGAACGAGAACAGAACUGUCAUAAAUAUCAUACAACAUUACAUUAGCGUUAUUGACUGUAAGAUACCGAGUCAGGAAGUGGUCAUGUGAUGAACGAACGAAGGACUCGAGAGAUGGACUAAUCAUGUUUCCCACACAGAACCUGUAAGAUCCAGGUCAAUACAAAAUGAACGAAUCGCUCUCUUAGACGACUAGAGUCAUUAAGGAUCUGUUCAAAAUGAAUGAAUCGUUUGUGAACGGCACAUCACUGUUUCAGAGAUAAACUCUGUUAGCCUUCACGUUCCCUGGUACCUGGCUUGAGUUUUUAUUGUCUACAUCAGAAAAAGAUCCUCUGUAAUUUGUUUUGGCUAAUGACUGGCCCAUGUUUGUGGUGUGGCACAAUGCAAAAAAUUAUGGAAAUACCUUGAAUAUAGUCACAUUUAGCUAGCAUUUUCUUUUAGAAGAUAAUCCAAAAUAUAACAUCAUUCACAAUAAUCCAAAAUAUAAGAUUAUUCUAGUCAAUGUUGUACUAAUAUUAUGCUUAAAACAUUCUUGUUCUUUUGGAAAAGAAAUGUUUAGCCUUAAUUUCUAAGCAAAUUUGCUAAUUGAAGACAAUUUCAAGCUUGAAAUAAAAAUCUUAAUUAUAGAUAUAUAAAAAAAUCUUUUUUUUUGGUUUAUUGCUAUUUUAAAAUGGGAAUUACUGGAUAAACCUGACUAUACUUAAGAUAUUUUCACGUGCUAAGAUGACUUUUAUUUUGUAAUGACUAAUCUACACUAUUACAAUUAAACACACAAGUUAUACACAAAAGACAGUCAUAAAUAGGACAGGUUUUUUUUUUGUGAAUAAAAAUACCAAUAGCCCAGAAUCUCCUUGUCCUGAGUACCGAUUUGUCCAUUCCUGCUAGAUGUCUGUCCAGUCCAAUCUGAUUAAACAACUUUCUCUCAAGCAUUUAGUCCAUUUUGCUCCAAAAGAUUUCAAGAUAUCAGUCAUUUAAAAACAGAAUCGAAAUAUUAUUCAAAAAUUCAUGUACUGUAUAAAUAUUCCAGUGAGUCAUUCAGAUGUUGGGCGCCUUAAUGUAAAGUGAUUCAGAAUAGAGGAGAGGGUAACACAAGGGCUAAAGACAUUUUCCUAAUAGUCGACGUCAUACUAUCACGCCAUAGAGAGGUGAUGACGUGUGCGUGUGGUAUAUAUACAGCGCUGAACGGCAUUCUCAGGACCGCACGAGACUUACUGAAGGAUCUGCACACAGCCUAGUGUAUACUUAAUUGCAGCAAAUCUAAACAUGCGCAUACGCAUCGUGUUAAAGCAAGUAUCGUAUUCAUGGCUAUGUCAUUUACAGCUCAUCAGUGGUGGAUAAGCCGUUACAUACGUGUACAUAUAAAUACUCCGAGCAUUACGCAUAUCACUUCAUAUGUAUCGUGACUAUAAUUGUAAAUGAUCAGUUCUCCAGCAUAAAUUACUGUGACUCUAGAUGAUCUUUGGUUUCGUUACGAAACAUAUCCUGACUUAUGUGAACGUUCGUGCAUUUCGAACACCUUCAUUUUGCUAGUCGUGUGUUGAACUACUGAGUUGGACCGCAUGCUUCUGUCUGUAAAUACUGUGGAAAAAAAAUACAUAUGUAUAUAUAUAUAUAUAUAUACACACCAUUAUCAUCGAUGUCUCAGAUCUUGUGUAAUCAUCCUUGUAAGUAUUUGCAUGCCAUUUGUACAUUGUACACGAGCAGAAGUGUAGAAGUGGAUCUUGUCGUACCUCAAGUUGUCAAUAGAGUCUUUCCGGUUUGGAUUGAACUCGGAUCAGACGAUCUCAGACGUUUGUUUGUAGUUUUAGACAAAGAUCGUCUUAAGAUCGAUCUCCUGAUGCUCGUUAGCUUCAUUAAGUCUUAAGAUCUUAUGAUUGCUGCUCUUCAUUCUUGUUAAAAAAAAUAAUAAAUAAAAUAAUUGAUUUAAAAAAAUCAAAAAAAUCAGUAGCAGUAGUAAUGCAGUUAAUGCUAUGCUUGUGCUUUUGUGUGUUACCUCAUGACCAGCGAAACAAGACAACUUAGGGCUAAAAACCUAAUGUUUAUACUGUAGCUAAAAGCUAAAACACGUGUAUUCCACACAGGGGUGGACAAAUCAUACAUACAUUAACUAACCAACUGGGUGAGUAAAAGCUACAUCGUCCUUUCCAAACAGAUGCCUGGAAAAACUACUAGGAUUAAAAAGUGGUAGCUAACCACUUUAGCUAAGGUGUGAGCCGAGCUAGUUUGCUAGAUAAGCACAUUAAUACAGAUUAAGAACAAGUUUGUGGUUAUUAUUCUUCAUAUAAUCCAUUAUAAUAAGACCUCAACAAAAAUUCAGCAAGUUAUUAGCCACUGUUUCAGCCAUGAGCUGUUGCGUUCUCUCAUCACUAGCAUCUUCAGUUACUGUAAACCAUGAGGUGAUGCCCAAGGAAGAGGGUUUUUUCCAACAUGCUGUGCAUUUUGAGAUGCUUUUCUGCUCACCAUGGUUGUAAACAGUAGCUAUUUGAAAUAUCACAGCCUUCCUUUCAGCUCAAAUCAGUCUGGCCUCUAAUCUCUCUCUCAUCCAGGCCUUUCUGAUCACAGACCUGCUGGAUGAUUUCUUUUUCUUUCUUUUCCCCCAGUAUCAUUCUCAAGACUGUAACUCAAGACUGUUUUGCCCAGGAGAACUACCAAGCACACAUUUUUACCCAGAUUUUUAAAAAUUAGCCUGUAUCUGCAUAAUAUUAUGCUCCGUCAUGCCGACUCAUGAUUGGUUGAUUGGACAGUUCCAUGAAUGUUCCUAUUAAAAUGACCGGCGAGUCUAUAUACACACCAACUGAAACGUUUUGCUUUAUAAAAAGCAAUUUAUAGUAGUUUUUCCGCCCUCUGGUUCUCUAUUUGUCCCCCAGGCAAACUAGAUAUAUAGACAUAAUGGCCAGUACUGAUUUGUCCACUCCUUCCAUAAGUCAUACUUGCAUUCCAUAUUCACAAAAACUAUUCUGUCUAGUGUGAAAAAUAAAUAAAUAAAUAAAAGAAAAUUCUAGACAUGCUUAGCUGACAGAGGUGUCAUGGCAGUGUGUACUACGUUGGUGGAAAAACGUCGAAGCUUCUCGAGAUCGUAGCGUCUAGUCACUCAUUAUUACGGCCAGUCAAAUCUAGUGAAAUAUAUGGAACCAUAAACAAUCAUCAUUUAUUUUCAUUUGUAUUAUUUGUUCUUAUAACCUUUUAUUACAUGAUGGCACAGAUUGUUGUCAAACAAAAUUGUUGUCAUUGUGUUUGGGGUUAGAUUAAAAAUAAAAUAAAAUAAAAUAAAAAAAGAAAUGAAAUAAUGACCAAAAUCUGACCCACAGGACUACCACUAUGGGUUGCACAAGAUAUUUUGUUCGUGGUCAUCUAAACCUAAUCACAAUUAUUGUCCAAUUUAGAUUAAAUAUGGAAUGAAACACAAUGUAUUAUGUAUUAAGCAUAAAUCAUUUGUUUUGUUGGGAUUGGAAGUUGCAUAUUGCUCCAUAUAUCAUUUCAUAUACAUCUUCAGGUCAGUAGUCACUUAUACAAAUGUCCUGAAAUCUACUCAAAACAUUCAUUUUAAUAGACAUUGUAUGUUGUGUAGAUUUAUCUGACAAACUUAACAUUUCUAUUCUUUGAACAUGAGAUGUUUGAGAAGCUCGAAGUAGAGAAUGGCUGAUUUUCUUUGUCGAGAAAUUGUGUAAGGUUUCUGAAUGAAAGAAAAUACACACAGUUGAAUAUCUUUUUUGCGGAGAGGUCUGAGAGAACUGGCUCAAAAUGGAUGACAUUCACUAGUAUAUGUUUAGUAUAUGUAUAGUUUUGUUUUCUUCGUUUGUGUCACUGUUACAACGAUGCAGGUCGAACAGAUAGACUAAUUGGCCUUGGCUAUUAAAGGAGGACAUUUCCCAUUUGGUCAUUCAUAAAUCAAAUAAAAAUAUGCAACUUUGGAAAACAUCUUUACUGUGUUGGUAUAUGCAAUUUUCCUUCAUAUUUUUUCCCCUGAUUUGCCAGAUGUGAUUGAAAAGGCAAAUUUCCUUUGCAUGGCUAACGAAACACUUUUACACAUUGUUACUUUGGUCUUUUGUCUGUUCUACGAUGCAACUCUGGGAAUAUCAAGAUUAAAACAAAAAAAAACAAAACAAAAAACAAAACAAAACAAAGAAGCCCAGUGUUGUGGAACACUGGGACUCGAAGCCUUAUGAAGUUUGUAAUGUCGAAUUUUGAUUGUUUCUAUGUUCAAUUAUGUUUUAUAUGUUAGUAUUGCCACAAUAAAAUUCCCGAAUUGAAA